ACUGGGUUCCGUCACGCAGAACCCCGCAGGCUGUGGGUUUCAUUCGCAGCACGGAACCGAGGAGCAGCAGCAGAAACUGCAGCGCACCUGGAGGUGACCCGGAGCGCACCUGGAAGGCACCUGGAGGUGACGGCUGAGUCCACGGCGGGGCAGAUGCUGCUCUCUCAGGUCACGCCCACUCUGUUCCUCAGCGGGGCCGACGCCCCCUUCAACGCGGCGCUGAUGUCACAGAAGGGCAUCACGCUGAUCGUCAACGCCACGCUGAGCCACGCCUUCCCCGCCUACCCCGGCGUGGAGUGUCUGCGGGUCCCCGUCUGCGACCUGCCCUGCGAGCGCCUCGACGCCCAUUUUGACCGCGUGGCCGACCGUAUCCACGGGAACCACACCGGAGGGACGCUGGUGCACUGCGCCGCCGGGAUGAGCCGCUCUCCGGCGCUGGUGAUGGCGUACCUGAUGCGGUACCGGGGCGUGACGCUGGGCCAGGCCCACCGCUGGGUGCAGGAGAGCCGGCCCUUCAUCCGGCUCAACGUGGGCUUCUGGGAGCAGCUGCUGCAGUACGAGAGGCGGCUCUACGGCCGCAACACCGUCAGGGUGGAGCUGGAGAGGGCGGGGCUAAAGAGGGUGGAGCCAGGUAUGGUGGUGCCGCUGAGGGCGGAGCCGGCCCGGGCGGCGGGGCCCCCGCUGAGCACCCGGGUGACGUCGGUACCCAGAUCCCCCGCGGUGAGCCGUACGCCGCUGAUGUCACGCUCGCAGGUGAUGAUGUCAGCAAAUAAGUCACGGAGAGGGUCCGCCGUGUCAUCAGAGAGCGACAGAACCAGGCCCAAAUAGGCGGGGGGGCGAGGCUCAGACACCUGGACAGGUGUCAGCAGUAGCCGGAUCAAACCCAGUCUGGGGACAGACUGGACCGUGUUCUGAUCGAAUGUUUGUUUUCAGGGAACCUGUCACUGUUCUCCAAUAAACCUUUUCCACCCAAA